ACAGCACGUGAUUCACUCUCCGCGUGUCGUUUGUCCACUCUUCGUCCUCGUCGGUUUCUGUCAGUUUCUGUCGGUUUCGGGGCUCGCCAGGCGCAAGCUUCGAAACCCAGGACGUUUGAAAGACCAAGCAACACGUUGCCGCAACUCGAGCCAAGUCGUUGUUGUCCCAUCUCGCGAAGUAUCGCGGAUUUCACUGCCGGUUUGAAGUACUGUGACAAGGCGGAAGGUCUUUGCCUCUAUCGCGACCAGCUCGAUUGGAAUUUCGAGCCUCCGUGGGAGCCCAGCUAGCACGAGCUAGGGGUGACUCAGAGACAAGCAGGUACAGUGCGGAGAAAUGGAGCGACGCACGCCUUUGCAAGUCGAUGUGGAGACUGUCGACGCGUCGUCGAGCCUAGCGGAGAUUGUCUCCGUCUUGUCCUCUUCUCCAGGACGCAAGGAUAUGGACGACCCUUUCUAUGUUGUUAAUCUGGGAACGAUUAUUGGACAGUUUUUUGAGUGGAAGCGCCUACUGCCACGGAUCAAUCCAUUUUAUGCCUUUAAAUGUAACGACGACCCGGUGAUGGUGAGGCUGCUUGCUGCAUUGGGAUUAGGAUUCGACUGCGCAAGCAAGACUGAAAUCAAGAGUGUCUUGGAUAUUGGAAUCGAACCGGAGAGGAUUGUGUAUGCUAAUCCUUGCAAGCAAGUGUCACAUUUAAGAUAUGCUGCCCAGCAAGGUGUCUCUCUCAUGACAUUCGACAACGAGUACGAACUACACAAAGUCAAAGCCAAUUAUCCGUCCGCCAAGUUGGUGCUGCGUGUCAAAGUUGACGACUCGAAGUCGAUCUGCCAGUUAAACAUCAAAUUUGGUGCAAACCCGGAAGACGUGCCGAGUCUGUUGAAGACAGCCAAAGAACUUGGGCUCGACGUUGUCGGCGUGAGUUUUCAUGUCGGUUCUGGCUGUUGCGAUGCAAACGCAUUCUCCCAAGCCGUACAGAUAGCCAGGAACAUCUUCGAUGACGCAAUUGCUGCAGGCUUUAAGCCUUCGAUUUUAGAUGUCGGUGGUGGAUUUCCGGGUACUUCGGAUGCUGUUGUAUCGUUUGAAGAGGUGGCAGUUGAGCUCAAUCGUGCCUUGAACGAACAUUUUCCCAUCGGAUGUGGUAUAGAAAUCAUCGCUGAACCAGGUCGUUUCUUUGCUGCCGCGAGUCACACUCUUGUCACUAACGUGGGUAGUAAGCGGCUUAUCAAUUGGACAGCAGAUGCAUUGUGCUCUGAUGUUGGAGAUGGGGUGAUCACCAUCCAGCAGUCGGAGUUUGCAGAAGAAGAAAUUGAGUCGGAGAAGGGGUUCAUGUAUUAUCUCAACGAAGGAGUCUACAGUUCGUUCAACUGCAUCGUGUUUGAUCAUGUUGAGUGUCGCAAACCAAAGACUCUCAAGGUGAAGGAUGGUCCACUGUAUCCAUCGAGUCUGUGGGGACCGACUUGUGACAGCAUGGAUAAGAUCAAGGAGUAUUGUGAAUUACCGGAACUCGACGUUGGCGAGUGGGUAUACUUUGAAGAGAUGGGAGCAUACACCAAGUCUGCUGCUUCCACAUUUAACGGCUAUAGCAAGGCACACAGUUACUACAUCAUUACCAAAGAAUUAAAAUCGGAAAUGCAGUUGCUGUCGAACAAAAUCGUUGACACUGAACUGACUUCAGUUGUGGAACAGCCACACGUGAUGCAGUCUUUGUCUUUGCCUGCUGUGGCUCUCAAGAGUGUAAGUUGUCAAGUUGCUUGAUUCUAUUCAAAGUCAAAGAUUGGAACAGUUUAUGUUAUGGUCGAACAGAGAGAAAUUGUGGAUGUUAGGCAAGUAGUUAUGCUUGUAGUUGCACUGAUAGGGUAACGAGAGUCAAGGUUUGUUAGCAAGUUAUGAUGCAACGAGAUUUGUUGUUGAAGAAACGAUUGCUAAGAUGGAGAGAUGGACAGUAGAUUGAUUGUGUAGUGAGGGGAGAGGAUAGUCAUGUGAGAAUAGAGAAAUGGAGCACGA